AUGACUUCUCAAAUCGAAACUUCAACCCUAAUGGCAUCCCUUUCCAAAGCCGGGCUGCUCCCCUCCCCUCUGAUCCCCUCGACAUUCGAACCCUCCGUCCAACUCUCCAUUUCCUUCAACGGCAAACUAGUCGCGGCAGGCAAUCUCUUCCGAGCCGGCGAAUGCAAGGUCACCCCUUGUGUGACAUUCACGCCGGAGUCGAACACCCACCCAUCGACCUCGUACACACUCCUUCUCAUCGACCCGGACGCCCCGACCCCCUCCGACCCUAAAUUCGCCUACUGGCGUCACUGGGUCGUGUCCGCCAUUUCAUGCCCAUUCUCCUCCGAGGAUGCUAUUAAAGGCGGAAAUGUGUUAACCGAGUAUUUUGGCCCUGGUCCAAAAGACGAUUCCGCACCGCAUCGAUACAUGUUCCUCCUGUAUCGCGAGCCGACCGGAAUGGCUAAACUGGCGAAAGAGGACGUUGGCGGUGAGGAAUUCGCGCAGAGACGCAGUUUCGCGACGAAGGCGUGGGUGGAGAAGUAUGGGUUGGAGCUCGUGGGCGUGAACUGGAUGCUGGGUGUGGGGGACGGGUGGGAGGAGUAG